AACAUACCCCUCCAUGCCGAGAUACGAACUCCUGAGGUAUAAAGUGACCAACGUGUAAGACGAUGGGCAUAACUCGUGCAUAUCUCUGGCUUCGUUUCUGGUAUCAAUUAGACAAUUAAAAUGACGUCCAACAAACCAAAUGGAUUCAAUCCACCUGACGUCCCACAGCCUCCACCAACCUACUCCCAGGUGUGCGUUACCCCCAUACUGCCAUCGUCAAAGCUUGUCACGCUUGCCGGACAAACAGGCCGUAAACUAGAUGGCACAAUUCCCUCUACCAUCAAAGAGCAGGCCAGAGUCGCUUAUGAAAGCAUAAAUAAAUGUUUGGCAGCUGCCGGCGCAACACCACGGGACAUUAUACACGUCCGGCAUUACAUCAUGAGCGUAACAGGGCACGUAGAGGUAGAUGCAGAGGACAUCGUAGACCGGGGUUGGGGAGAACUAUGGACAGAGUACAUGGACCAGAGCGCUGGAGGGCACAGACCGUCUGAUACUGUAGUUGGCGUUGCGUCUCUGGCGAAGAAGGACGUCCUGUACGAGUGCGAGGUGACAGUGAUAGUCAAUGGCUAGUGCCAGAAAUUGGGAUGGAUGGCAUAAUAUGAAGAGCUAUAAAUCGUUCUUAAAAUCAAAUGAAAUAUUCCGUAUGC